GGAAGUGACGUCAUGUAGGAGCGGGCCCGUCUUUCGGUGCUCUUCCCCCUCCGGUGCUCUUCCUCCCCGGUCCCUUCCCUCCCUUUUCCCCCUUUACUCCCCGGGGUCGGGGUUCUGCGGCCGCGGGAGUGGCGGAGGAGAUGGCGUAAGCGCCCGGCGGCGGCCAGGCGCGCUGCCCGAGCAGCCACAGCCCGGAGGCAUUGAGGCAGCGGGCGGGGGCCGGGCCCCAGCACCGCCCCUCCAGGUAGCCGGCUGCGAGGUAACUUGAACUACCAAGUACUGCAGCCAUGGAGUCCAUGCUUAAUAAAUUGAAGAGUACUGUUACAAAAGUAACAGCUGAUGUCACUAGUGCUGUUAUGGGAAAUCCUGUCACUAGAGAAUUUGAUGUGGGUCGACACAUUGCCAGUGGUGGCAACGGGCUGGCCUGGAAGAUUUUUAAUGGCACAAAGAAGUCAACAAAACAGGAAGUGGCUGUUUUUGUCUUUGAUAAAAAGCUGAUUGAUAAAUAUCAAAAAUUUGAAAAGGAUCAAAUCAUCGAUUCUUUAAAACGAGGAGUCCAGCAGCUCACCCGGCUACGCCACCCUCGACUUCUUACUGUCCAGCACCCUUUAGAAGAGUCAAGGGAUUGCUUGGCAUUUUGUACAGAGCCAGUGUUUGCCAGUUUAGCCAAUGUGCUUGGUAACUGGGAAAACCUGCCCUCUUCCAUAUCCCCAGACAUCAAGGAUUAUAAACUUUAUGAUGUGGAGACUAAGUAUGGCCUGCUUCAGGUUUCUGAAGGCUUGUCGUUUCUGCAUAGCAGUGUGAAAAUGGUCCAUGGGAACGUUACUCCUGAAAACAUAAUUUUGAAUAAAAGUGGAGCCUGGAAAAUAAUGGGUUUUGAUUUUUGUGUGUCAUCAAGCAAUCCUUCUGAACAAGAGCCCAAGUUUCCUUGUAAAGAGUGGGACCCAAACUUACCAUCAUUGUGUCUUCCAAAUCCUGAAUACUUGGCUCCCGAAUACAUCCUCUCCGUGAGCUGUGAGACAGCCAGUGAUAUGUAUUCUUUAGGAACUGUUAUGUAUGCUGUCUUUAAUAAAGGAAAACCUAUAUUUGAAGUCAACAAGCAAGAUAUUUACAAGAGUUUCAGUAGACAGUUGGAUCAGUUGAGUCGUUUAGGAUCUAGCUCCCUUACAAGUAUACCCGAGGAAGUUCGAGAUCACGUGAAACUGUUGCUAAAUGUCACUCCGACUGUAAGGCCCGACGCAGAUCAGAUGACAAAGAUUCCCUUUUUUGAUGAUGUUGGUGCAGUCACACUUCAAUAUUUUGAUACCUUAUUCCAAAGAGAUAAUCUUCAGAAAUCACAGUUCAAAGGAUUGCCAAAGGUUCUACCAAAGCUGCCCAAGCGUGUCAUCGUGCAGAGAAUUUUGCCUGCUUUGACUUCAGAGUUUGUAAACCCGGAUAUGGUCCCCUUUGUUCUGCCUAAUGUUUUACUGAUUGCUGAAGAAUGCACCAAAGAAGAGUAUGUCAAAUUAAUUCUACCUGAACUUGGUCCUGUAUUUAAACAGCAGGAGCCAAUCCAGGCUAGCAACAUGAUUUUGUUAAUUUUUCUACAAAAAAUGGAUUUGCUCCUAACAAAAACCCCUCCCGAUGAGAUAAAGAACAGUGUCCUGCCCAUGGUCUACAGAGCCCUGGAGGCUCCUUCCAUUCAGAUCCAGGAGCUCUGUCUAAACAUCAUCCCAACUUUUGCAAAUCUUAUAGACUACCCAUCCAUGAAAAAUGCUUUGAUUCCAAGAAUUAAAAAUGCCUGUUUACAAACAUCUUCCCUUGCUGUCCGUGUGAAUUCAUUAGUGUGUUUAGGAAAGAUAUUGGAGUACUUGGAUAAAUGGUUUGUCCUUGACGAUAUCCUACCCUUCCUACAACAGAUUCCCUCCAAGGAGCCUGCAGUCCUCAUGGGAAUUUUAGGUAUUUAUAAAUGUACUUUUACUCAUAAGAAAUUGGGGAUCACCAAAGAGCAGCUGGCUGGAAAAGUACUGCCUCAUCUCAUUCCCCUGAGUAUUGAAAACAACCUUAAUCUCAAUCAGUUCAGCUCUUUCAUUGCCGUCAUAAAGGAGAUGCUGAGCAGACUGGAGUCUGAACACAGGACUAAGCUGGAGCAGCUUCACAUGAUGCAGGAGCAGCAGAGGUCUUUGGACAUAGGAAAUCAAAUGAACGCUUCCGAGGAGACGAGCGUUACCCAUGUUGGAAGUCAGAUUGACAAGGUCUUUAACAACAUUGGAGCAGAUCUUCUAACUGGUGGUGAAUCAGAAAAUAAAGAAGAUGGGCUGCAGAAUAAACAGAAAAGAGCAUCACUUACACUUGAAGAAAAACAGAAACUGGCAAAAGAACAGGAGCAGGCCCAGAAGCUGAAAAGCCAGCAGCCGCUGAAGCCCCAACUCCACACUCCCGUGGCGCCCGUCAAACAGACUAAGGACUUGACAGAUACGCUGAUGGACAACAUGACCUCUUUGACCAGCCUUUCUGUUAGCACUCCGAAGCUUUCUGCUUCAAGUACCUUCACGUCUGUUCCUUCCACGGGCCUCAACAUGAUGUUUUCUACACCAAUUGAUAAUACAAAGAGAAAUUUGACAAAUGGCCUAAAUGCCAACAUGGGCUUUCAGACUUCAGGGUUCAGCAUGCCGGUCAAUCCGAACCAGAACUUCUUCAGUGGUACGAGCACAGCUGGAGUGAGCACAGCUGGAGUGAGCACAAUGACUCUGGGAGCCCCGCCCACUCUGUCAAACUACAGCCCUUUGAGCAGUGCUCCUGCUGCUGGGAAGCAGGCGCCCCAGAGACCAGCCGACAUGUCUGCCCUUAAUAAUCUCUUUGGCCCUCAGAAACCCAAAGUUAGCAUGAACCAGCUCUCCCAACAGAAACCAAAUCAGUGGCUGAAUCAGUUUGUACCUCCUCCAGGUUCCUCGGGUAUGGGCAGCGCAGCCAUGGGCUCACAGGUGAAUGUGAUGGGCCAGGCUGCCUUUGGGAUGCAGGGCAAUCCUUUCUUCAACCCCCAGAACUUUGCACAGCCACCAACCACCAUGACCAGCAGCAGUUCAGCUAGCAAUGAUCUGAAAGAUCUUUUCGGGUGACGUGUCCCGAGCUGCUCUGUGGAGGGUCACUGCAGUUUCAAUCAUGGGUAAGCAGACUUCUACCGGUGUGCAGCUGGCUGGAAGAAACUGCUUCUGGGGAGAUGGAUUGUUUCUCUGACAGAACACCUGCUUCCAUGCCAGCCAGCGCAGGAGUUGUGCGGAUCCUAACCAGUUGAAUUGUUUUAAAGCAGAGAGGAUUUUCUCCUCUGACAAACUCCUUCAGGUUUUUAAAGAUCCAGUCCUUACCAGUCUCAAAGUGCAAAAGGACAACCGAGUUAUCUUGAGUAGCAGUUUUUAAAUCAGAUGUUUAUUUUGGCUUGUAAAUCUUCAUGUUAUUAAAAAGCUUGAGUUGAUGGUAACCGGCAGUUCACCUGUUAUCUACUUUGUGUUCAUUUGUCCUCAUUUAAUGUGAAGAAUCCUGAUGCUGUGUUGAUUUGUUUGCAAUUCUAUGACUGGGUGGUAACAUGAAAAGAAAGUGGUGGGUCAUUUGCUUUUUCCAGUCUUAUUUUUCAAAGCAUCUUAGGCUUCAUACAAGAGACAGUAAAAGUGCUGCAAAUCUAAUUUAUAUUAAUUUCAUUGAUUAAAACUAUUAUUAACCAUCUUAAAUGUGCAAACCAAUCAUUGUGAAUUAUAUUUUAGCAUGAUCUGCCUCAGCUAGCAAUGUAUUUUCUGCCUUUACUUGAAUAUGUUUAGGAUCACCUUUUCAUGUUGUAUCACAGGAGAGCCAUGUACUGACUUGUACAGAAAACAGACAGAGCACCCGGAUAUGGCUUUCCCGGCUACUGCCCUCAUACUUGAGUUUGAAUUCAAAUUUCUGAAGUUGCAGCAUAUAUGAAUUACAUUUUCAAAAGGAGAUUUGUAAAAGAAAAAAAUUAAACUAUAUUUAAUGAGUAAACUUUUGAGAUUUCUGCCAUAUUGUUUUGAGUGUAAUAAACUCUAAAAAUGAGCCAUUGGGUACCAACAGAUUAAAUGUUAGCUUGCCAUGAUAGUCUAACCUUGUUAGUUACUACUACUACAAUUUAAUUAUUUCCUAGGAGUUCCAGAAACUUUUUGCUUGGACCUAUUAGUGUCUGUAAAUCAGUCACUGUUAGAAAGGAAGAAGUCAGUUCUAACAGGACACGCCUCCCUUUUCAGAACCUUUCUCUGAUGUUUAUCUUUAAUUUGCCGAUUCUACCACAGAGCCUUAUGCUAUAAAUGCCAUUUGUAUUUUUAAAAAUUAUAUUCCACUGUUACGUGAUAACGAAAGAACUCCUUUAAAAAAAAAAACUGUGUAUGUAUUAUAGUUGCUGCCAUACAGUUUGUGGUUUUUAAUUAUCUGGAACCAGCAAUCAUUUAAAAUAAAUCGUAUGAAGUUUAGUGUGCUGAUACUAAGUUUAUUAAAUGGCUGAAGGUUCAUUGAAACAUAAUCACGUGCUCGUGAUGUACGGACUCUGCAGUACUUGAUUACAAAGUAGUUUCCUGCCGUCACCAGUGCUGACAGCAUCCAGUGAAAAGCACACUUCAGCAAUGCAGGUCGGCGUUCAAACCUGGCACCUGUCUAGUUUGACUUCAGAAGAACUGGUCGGAUGCAAAGGAUUCAUCCAAGAAAUAAAAAGGCAUUUUUGUCAAAUACAUUCACAACUUCACCUGACUUGUUUCAAACACAAUAGUAAUAUUUCUUUUGGGAAAUGUUUUAUAUGGAAUAAAAUUGUUGUUGGACAUUU